AUGGUGGCCAUCUCCAAAGGGAGGAAGGAGAGCUCAGCAGUGAGGCCAGAGGCCUGGCUGUCCACUGGCCCCAGUCCGUGGCCUGGCCAUCUGUUCCUUGUGUGCCACAUCUCUGGCUUCUACCCAAAGCCAGUGUGGGUGACGUGGAUGCGGGGUGACCAGGACCACCAGGGCACCCGACGAGGUGAUGUCUUGCCCCAUGCUGACAGGACAUGGUAUCUUCAGACAUCCUUGGAUGUGGACCCCAGAGAGGCAGCUGGCCUGUCUUGCCGAGUGAGACACAGCAGUCUAGGAGGCCAGGAUGUGGUCCUCUACUGGGAGCAGCACCACUCGGUGGGUUUGGUCUUCCUGGCGGUGGUCGUGCCCCUGGUGCUUCUGGCAGGUCUUGUGUUCUGGCUCUGGAAGCGUCGGUAAGUCUGGAACCACCUUCCUGCUCUUUCCCAUGCAUCUCCUUACCUUCCUCUCUGUCCUCAGCCAUCUUCCUCCCCGUGCCCCUCUCCCUGCUGUCCUCACCUACACUCCUGCAGAGCAAUUUCCAAUUUGAUCUUCCCAGGAAAAUGCACUGGAGACAUCGGUUCACUGGCCUCCCUUUGGAGUAAGAUCCCGGCAGCCCAGGAGUCAGGACUUACUUAAACCCAGCUCAGUGGUGAUGGAUUUGCAAGUCUCUGUGUGCAACUUUUGUCUUUUCUCUCUACUCAAUGAUGGGUUGUCAAGAUGAGUUAAGUGUAAUUUAGCAGGAUUUCUUGUUCUGACCUGAUGCUGGGGCUUAAAUCUCUAAUUUAUCUCAGAGUAAAAUGAAGUCUGAGUACCUCCAUGGGUCACAGGCAUCUGUGUCACUUCCGCCAGGGAGCCUUCCCUGAUCCACAAGAGGAAGCGGUCUCUGCCUAGUGUGAAUUUCUGCCACUUUAACCUGCACUGUGGGUAAUCUGCGCCUCACUUCCCAUCCUUUUUGCCCCACAUUUACAUCCUUUUUCCCUUCCAAUUCCUAGGUCUCUUGAGUGCAAAGCCCGUGUCUUUUUAAUAUUUGCAUCCUUGACAAGGAGUCUCAUCUGCAUGGAAUAUGUCCUCAAUAAAAGUCUGUGUUGAGUUUAUGCCAA